UUCGGCUGCUGCCCUCUUCAGCUUCCCACUGCAGGUCCUGAGCCUGCUACCCCAACCCCCACACCUGCCGUUCGAGGUCACGUGGGCUAAGGGUUAGAGCUAGCCAGCUAAACUAGCCAGCUUGGGGAAUGAGCCUGGAAAAAGGUUCGUCAUCGCCGUUGUGAGCGGGACCGGGUCCGUGUCGCUGGUCGCGCCGUGCCUGGGCCUUCUGCCUCCAGGAUGGGGACAUUACGGGACACCCUGAAUACCAGGAUGCCCGCCUAUUGCUGCCACAUCGGGGGCUGUGAUCGGGUGUUUGACUCCCUGCCGGGCUACGUGCACCACUACCAGACUCUGCACCAGAACAACUGUUCCUUCUGCCGCCGCUCGUUCCCCUCGGACCAGCUGCUGGACAUCCAUCUCAUGGAUCGUCACGGCACUGUGCCCACCUGCCCCAUCCGCGCGGCCGCUGCGCGCUCCCGGCGCCCCUUCCCCUUUUACUACCAGUGCCCAGUGUGGGGCUGCAAUGAGAAGUUCAUGAGCCCUGAAGAGCAGACGGAUCAUCUGAUCCAGAUCCAUGAGUACCCGGCCCACCUGUGGUAUGACGUACCCCCGAACCCCCCAAGGUCCACUUCGGGGGCUUCUGCGGCCCCUGCGGCUGCGCGGGCCCCUAGGCCCCCUGCAGCUUCUGGGGCUCCUGAGGGCCCUUUGCCCCAGGGCCGAGCGGGCUCCAUGGCCUCUGUGGCCCCGCUCCUGGCCCCGAUCCUGGCGGCCCCGGCCCCAGCGGCCCCGGCCCCGGCGGCCCCGGCCUCGGAGGCAGCAGCCUCGGCCUCGGCCUCUUCCGAGGGAGGAGCAGCAGUGGGAGGGGAAGGCCCCCCGGAGCAGGAGCCGGUGGCAGUUCGCGAGGAGAUUGUGGAGGAGGACGAGGGCGUGGAGAUGGACGAAGGCGUGGAGCUGGAUGAGGGCGUGGAGAUGGACGAGGGGGUGGAGGAGCCCCUCGGGGAGAACGUGGAGGAGCCCUCCGGUGGCCCUGGGGCCGAGCCUGCCGAGGAUGGGAGCUCCAACCUCAGCAACCCCCCUGCAGUCGGCUCUGACCAGGGUUCGACUGGAGGAUUUAAAAAGGCAGAGUAAAGAGCACCAUGAGCACCUCCAGGGCUGGGCUGCCAGCGGGCGGGCCGUGAAGCAGGACCCCCCCUUCCCCAAGCAUGUUUUCUGGGCUUAGAGCAGCCCCAGAGGUGCCUCCACCAAGACGAGACGUCGAUGGAUCCCUCGGCCUGGGGGUGCUGCUUCCUUGGUCAGUAUUUAUCUCUGGAGCCCCUGAUGAAGUCGGGGGCUGGCCAGGCACCUCUUGGACCCCCCAGUCCAGCCCAGGCCUCUCCCUGUUCCCUCCUCGAUCAUUCCUCCUCUCCCCGGAGGACCCCUUGUCUGUCUAUCUGUUCGUCUUGUCUUGCCCGACCCGAGGAAUCUCCCCCCACCCCAGCAGCUGCGCCUGCUCCCCCGAGCCCCCCAGCCUCUCCCGACCCCCAGCCUGAAAUAAAGUGUCCCCUGAGCAAAUGCAA